AUUAAUAUGACGUUUAAUCAACUAAAAAAAAAAAAGUAAUUAAAAUAUUGAAGAAAAUUUAUUGAUCAAUAGUUUACCUAAUGGAAAUUUUUGUCAUCCAUCAUCAUCAUCAUCAUCAUCAUCAUCAUCAUCAUCAUCAUCAUCAUCAUGUUUAUAAUGUGUAGAAAAAUAAAAUUGAAAUUAGUUAUCAAAAACAAUAAAUAAAAAAUUAAAUGACACUUGUGAAAUUCAACUUGGUGUUGAUCCCGAUAAUUCGCAAGAGGUUAAGUGUCAAUCUUCAUCAACCCACAUGACACCUUCGACUUAUAGCACUCACGUAUUUGUAAACAAUAACAUACGUACAUAAAUAUUGUUAUUUUUGUUGAUAAGUUGAUAAUUUAUUUAUUUAAAUUUCUUAAUGACUUUGCAGUGAUUCGACGAGGAAAAUUAAUUAUUAUUUAUGGUCAAUAAACUGUAUGAUGUCUCGCCUAGUGCUGUCACAGCUACUGGCUGCAAAUCUGAAAAUAAACUCAAAAUCAAACACUACGCAUACGUGUAGGAAAUUUCAUCAGCUAAAAUAAAGCAGGCUGCGUUUAAAAUAAAGUUUAAUCAUUUUAGUUUGUAUCGUGCGCAACAUCAUAUAUUUAUAGUCAGUGGGAUUGAGGAAAACUGAUAAAAUUUUCAAAUAACACGAGUAAGUAGAAAGAAAAAAAAAAGUAAAAGUAAAAUGAAUGGGACACGAAAAAAUGGAGCAGCACCUGUAGAUCAAGGUGAAAAAUUGAUCCGACAAUCGAGUAAUGGAUCUUUAAAUCAUACAAAUGGAGAUCGCAAACCGGAAGGACGGGUGUUAGUUAUUUAUACCGGAGGUACUAUUGGUAUGAUCAGGAAUGAGCAAGGAGUUCUAGCACCGCUGCCUAACGCAUUUGUUGAAGCGGUCAAGAGUUAUCCUCAUAUGCACGAUCGUAAUUAUGCUGAAGAAACGUUAGGAUGUUCGGAAUCUCUAGUAUUGCCAUUGAAGGGAACAGAUAGUCGACGAGUAAUUUAUGAUAUUGUGGAAUAUUCUCCGCUCCUAGACUCUAGCAAUAUGACAAUGGAUGAUUGGAUAAAGAUAGCAACUGACAUACGCGAAUCGUAUGAAAAUUACGACGGAUUUGUCGUGCUCCACGGGACAGAUACCCUGAGUUACACAGCGUCAGCACUUUCAUUCAUGCUCGAGGCACUCGGCAAAAUAGUCGUGAUAACUGGGUCCCAAUUACCGAUUUUUGACACGCGCAGUGACGGCCUUCACAAUUUUUUAACGUCUCUAGUAAUUGCUGGUAAUUACAACAUACCAGAGGUCUGCGUAUUUUUCGGAUCACAUCUUCUGCGAGGUAAUCGCACCAGUAAAGCAGCUGCUGCAUCAUUUGAUGCCUUUACGUCUCCCAAUUGCACACCACUCGCCAUCGCCGGUAUUAAAAUUGAAGUUAAUUAUCAGUCGAUCUUCCGACCUUGUGCUCUGGAAAAAUUUUAUGUACACAAGACGUUGAAUCGUAACGUUGGUCUGCUGAGAAUUUUCCCGAGUAUUACGACUGAUUUAGUCAGAGCAUUUGUUCAACCGCCUAUCGAAGGAGUUGUCCUCCAGACAUAUGGAGCUGGAAAUAUUCCAGGAAACCGCGACGAUAUACUCAAAAUAUUCCGCGAUGCCACUAAACGCGGUGUUAUUAUUGUUAACACCACGCAGUGUCCGAAAGACGGGGUCACAGAUUUAUAUGAAGCCGGAAAAGUAUUAUUUGAUGCUGGCGUUACGUUGGGCUAUGACAUGACACCAGAAGCAGCCUUAACAAAACUAGCUUACGUUUUAUCAAAAACAGAAUGGGAUAUUGUCACAAAACGACGUAUGAUGGAGACAAAUUUACGGGGUGAAGUAACAACUCACCACUGCGUUAAAAUACAAGACCGCAAAGUUAUCAUGCGUAUGCUUGGUCUUAAUUCAGAAGCUGAAAUUGAUAAACUUGGGCCAAUUAUUUUCCCCGCAUUGAUGAUUGACGCAGUGAUCAAUCGCGACAUUGAAAAAAUUGCAUCACUGAAAGACAAUGGUGUCGAUGUAUCUCAACUUAAUGGAGACUCGCGUACAGUUUUGCAUAUCGCUUGCUGUGAAGGUGAUAUUAAAUUAGUCAGGGCACUACUAGAAAUGGGUGCUAAUGUUCACAUCAAAGACAGAUUUGAUCGUACUCCGCUUACUGAAGCCGUGGAAAAUGAUCAUCAUGAGAUAAUUAAAUUACUUCGUCAGUGCGGGGCUCAUCUUCACGAGAGCUCACUAUUAAUAGGCCAAAAAUUGUGUAACACAGCUGCCUUUGGGAAUCUUAAACGUCUCCAGUCAUACGGCAUAGCUGGUGCAGAUUUAUCGCAACCAGAUGUUUCUGGUCGAACAGCCCUUCAUAAUGCAGCGAUUCACAACAAAUCUGAGAUCGCACGCUUUCUUAUUGAACACGGAAGCGAUCCAGAGUGCCCAGACUUAUUAGGACAUACGCCGUUUGUUUUAGCGCGACUUGUUAAUGCCAAGACUGUACUUAAAAUUUUAUCAAAUUCAAAUUUUAUAAAUGAUACAAACAGUAUUGUGACGUAGUAAUAAAAUAUAUAUAUUAUGUUUGAUUAUUUUAUGGUUAUUUUAACAUAAAUUUAACGACGAGAGAAAGUUUAAAAAAUAUCUUAACAAUUUCUCGAUGCGUGUCUUGUGUAUCUCUACAGCACGAUGAUGAGACAUUUUUUUU